ACUGCAUGGUCCAGGGAGGGCGACCUUGCACACUCUAUGUAGCCUUUCUGAGCAUCGCUUAUGCUCUUAAGGUCCGCCUUCAGCCCAGACCCCGCAGAAACCACUUGUAGCACCACAGAGUCACUGGGCCAGCAAAAGCACCCAGGACCUGAGACCUCUAAAUCCCUGCUGGGACCUAGUCCAAAAGAACAGUGUGGGCUCCGGGAAAAGGGUCUGGCCAUGCUACAUGUGACCCGGGGGGUCUGGGGAUCCGGGGUCCGAGUAUGGCCCCUGUUGCCCGCAAACCUCGGGCGCUCCCGGGCCCUGUCGUCGCUGCAGGCCAAGAUGGGGGAGUACCGCAAGAUGAGGAACCUCACGGAGCCCCGCGACUGGGCCCAGCAGUACCGCGAACGGUUCAUCCCGUUCUCCAAGGAGCAGCUGCUCCGCCUCCUGACACAGGAAUUCCACUCCAGCCCUGUGGAAAAGGCGGCUUUCGAAGAGUUCUCAUCCCACGUGGACUUCUGCACCUUGUUCCACUACCACCAUGUCCUGUCCCGCCUGCAGGCCUUGUAUGACCCCAUCAACCCCGACAGGGAGAGCCUUGACCAACCUUUGCUCACAGACCCCCAGCGUCUGUCCAAUGAGCAGGAGGUGCUUCGGGCUCUGGAGCCCCUGCUGGCCCAGGCCAACUUCUCCCCACUCUCUGAGGACGUCCUGGCCUACGCUCUGGUGGUUCACCACCCUCAGGAUGAGGUCCAGGUGACAAUAAAUUUGGAUCAGUAUAUCUACAUGCAGUUCUGGGCCCUGGGCCAGCGAGUUGGGCAGAUGCCCCUUAAGUCCAGCGUGGGCUCCAAGCGUGGCUUCUUCACCAGGUCGCCCCCUGCAGAGAGGAGAUACUUUAAGCGGGUGGUGCUAGCAGCCCGAACGAAGCAGGGGCAUCUGGUGCUGAAGAGCUUCAAGGACACGCCCUUGGAGGGCCUAGAACAGCUGCUGCCUGAGCUAAAAGUGCGCACACCCACCCUGCAGCGUGCCCUGCUCAAUGUCACGCUUUUCGUCUCGGGCAUGGUGUUGUUUGUCAACGUGGGCAUGGUGGUGCUCUCAGACCUCAAGGUGGCCACCUCCCUGCUGCUGCUGUUCUUUGCUGCCUUCAUGGGCCUGCGGGCCUCCAAGAUGUUCGGACAGCGGCGCAGCGCGCAGGCGCUGGAAUUGGCGCACAUGCUCUACUACCGCAGCACGUCCAACAACUCGGAGCUGCUCAGCGCCCUGGCCCUGCGCGCUCAGGACGAACACGCCAAGGAGGCGCUGCUGGCGCACAGCUUCCUGGCCCGGCGGCCCCGGGGCGGGCCGGAAGAGACCUCCCAGUGGCUCCAGUUGGAGGUGGAAAACUGGCUCCUGGCCCAGUCAGGCUGCGACGUGGCCUUCAAUGGAACUCGGGCCCUGGCCCACCUGCAAGCCCUGACCCCCGGCAUCGGGGUGUUCCGGUCCCCGGGGUUUCCCAAACUGGAUCCAUUGGCUUCUGAGCACCCCCAGGCCGCACCCAGCAGAGACAAGCCGUGAGCACACCUCUCUGCCUAUCCCAGACCCUCCACCUGGUUAGGAACUAAGCCCCGCCUCUGCGACAAGCUGUCAAUCAUAGUUACUACGCUUUGCCACUCCCCAACUUCCAGUUACAGGAGAUCACUUCGUUACAUUGUAUUCUUAAAGCCAACAAGCAAGGCAGCCUGCAGUUACUAGGCCCCCUACUUCUGUUGAACAGCCAUUCAAAGCUUUUUGACUCUGCUUAUAUUCCAUCUCUGAGUUCCACAGGUCCAUAAACACCCAAACGUGGUUUGACUGCGGUGGGAGUGUCAGCAAAUCACAGCUGUUCAGCUCUACAACCACCAGGCACAAUCAUAAUCUACCCUCCGAGGCGUAGAUCACUGUCUUUUUAGUCUGUUUCAGGCAAUGUGCCAUCAUUUCAAGAAGGCAGAGUCCCAGUCCACAACCAAUGAGAGCUGUCCAGCCCUCCUCUCUGGCAGACCGCCAAUGACAGCUGCUGGGCACUGUCAACCUUGGGCAGUCCGUUAUCGCUGCAUAGAAGCAACCAGUUAGAAUUUCUAAAGGAAACCUGAUCUUUCAAUUGCUACUUACAAGGCAGGCUAUCUGGUCAACUGCCGAUCAGCUUGUCCAGGCUGAAGGGCUUGGGAGUCACAUUGGGCAGAGAGCUGUGGAUCUGGAGGAACCGGAGACCCAUCCUCACCCAAAGACUCACUGCCACUCAGGCCCCAACAACCUCAGGUGCCUUUCCUGCCCAGGUCCCUCACCCUUUCUACAGAAACUACCUCAGUCUGGAUCUUCCCUCCACCAGUGGCCUGUGCAAUAUUUAUUGGUAUAUCAAUAUCUCCCCCCUCUCCCAAAUAAAUCAUGAUUAAUAAG